GCACGUCGCACUAGGUGGAAGUUGGUCAUGGUCGUCCGCCAAACGGAAAGCCGCCAUGAUGGCUUUCUGUAAAGUACGCUCAAUAUGUAAAGUUUCGUUAUUGUUUUUCAUUAAUUGUGACUGAGUGCGUGCAAAAAUUAACCAUGGGAACGAACUAGAGUGUGCAAAGUGCAGUUUACGGUCCUUUGGGACCUCCUGGAGGAGCUAUAAAGUGUUUUAUAAGUGCAUUUUUGUGUCGACGCUAGCGUGUUUUGUUCUGUCAACAAAAUGUCGAAGCUCUCGUUUAGGGCGAGGGCCCUGGAUGCGUCGAAACCAAUGCCCAUAUAUCUCGCCGAGGAGCUUCCGGAUUUACCGGACUACUCGGCGAUUAAUCGUGCUGUACCUCAAAUGCCCUCUGGUAUGGAAAAAGAGGAGGAAAGUGAGCAUCACCUCCAGAGGGCAAUAUCGGGCACGGGGCUGAUCAUACCCACACCGGAAGUAUGCCAGGUUUCAGACGUCGACUUCUACGAGAGAUGCUACCCGCCCGACUACAAGAUGCCCAAGCAGCAUAUACAUAUGCAGCCGCUGUGGGAGGAACAAGAAGCGCCGGAGUACGACAUCGACUCGGAGGAUGAGAGGUGGCUCAAACAGCAGAGGCGUCCUGAGCUAACAGAGUUGAAGUUCGAACAAAUGAUGGAUAAACUGGAGAGAAGCUCGGGGCAGACGGUGGUGACGUUGAACGAGGCGAAGUUACUUCUGGAGAGACACGACGACCUUGUCAUAGCAGUCUACGACUACUGGCUCAACAAACGGCUAACCACUUUAUCAAAGGUAACCUUCCAGCAACAUCCGCUAGUCCUGUCAGUGAAGACGGAGAGUCGGCCCGGUCAGUCCACGAACAACCCGUACCUUGCGUUCCGACGUCGCACGGAGAAGAUGCAGACGAGGAAGAACAGGAAAAACGACGAGAGCUCGUACGAGAAGAUGCUGAAGCUCCGGCGCGACCUGGCGCGCGCGCUGACGCUGCUGGAGCUCGUGGCGCGGCGGGAGCGCGCCAAGCGCGAGCUGGUGCGGCUCACGGCGCUGCUGGCCGAGCGCCGCUACGCCGCCGGGGACUUCGCCAACCAGCUGCUGCCCGACCCGCCGCCCAGGCCGCAGUACACCGCCGUGCCGAUAACGACGGCGAGCUUCCGUCGCGAGUACACCGUUCAGCAUUACCCGCCACGCGCGCCCUCCACACCCAUCGAGCCGAGACAGCGCGAGAAGCGACCGUACAAGCGGCGGAAGCAUCGCCACCACGCGCCCGCCGCGCACCCGCACAGAGAUUCAGGCGUUUGUACAUCUUCGGAGGAGGAGUCAGCUCCGCCGGACGACGGGCCGUUCGCCUUCCGUCGGAAGCCUGGCUGCUACUACGAAAUGCCUACAGCGACAUUGUACGGGGACCCAUUGGACCCGGACAACCCUUCCAAGGACGGAAUGUUUGAGCAUGAACUGGACGAGAGGGCUAGGUUCACGCUGACGUCGGUGACGCGGCCGUACCCGCAGUGCGUGGGCUUCGCGCGGCGCCGAGUGGGGCGCGGCGGGCGCGUGCUGCUCGACCGCCGCGCCUCGCCGCUCGACUCGCUGUGGCCGCGCCUCACCUUCCGCCACGCGCGCGCCAGCGACGAGCGCGAGCGCCGCGACGAGGAGGUGGACCUGGAAACCAAACCUCACAGAACUCCGAAGGAGAUGACGAGAGACUACCACACGGGAGGAAAGUACCCUUGGCGACAUGCGUUCCGACGACAUUUGGCCGAAAAUCCUCACCUAUGGACCGUUCCCGUCAAAACGGACGUCGACGACGUCAAACUAGACGUGGGCGACGUGAAACUAGACGUUACGGAUGUAAAAAUAGACGUUGAUGACGUCAAACUAGACGUCGACGACGUGAAACUAGAACCAAUGGAUGUGGACAGUGAUUCGAAACCGUUACCGGACUUGAGUGAUAGUGUUACUGAUAGUGUUAGUGAUAGAGCGAGAACUAUAGACAGUUUUGUAAGAGGUAAUCUGGAGAGGGUUAUCAGGAAGAGAUCGUGGAGCGGCUGCAGUGAUAGUAGUUACGACUCGGAUGAAAGUUUGCAGCCUGUUGAGAAGGAGUUUGAGAAGUUCAUCAAUGAAGUUAAUAAGAAAUGGUUACACUUCCGACCAAAAACACCGCCGCCCUCACCACCCUACGUAGAAAAACCAUCGGACGAUCAGUUUCCAAUCGGCUUCGACACACCGAUAUCCGUCGAGCUCACGCUGGAGCCGCCCUCGGGGUCACUGGACACGUUCACCACCACUGAAUUCACUCUCGGUGACCUCUACGGAGACAUCAACCCGGAAAUGGACAACAGCGGCAGUCUCGACAUCAGCGGGGACGAUUUACUCACAGAAAACUUCACAGGCCUGACCGAAGCACAAGUCGAGAGCAUCCUCUCAGAAACUGAUCUCAAAGCGCUAGCGGACGUGGACCUCACCAAGGACGACAAAAAGAUGGCGAUCACAGACGACCUACUCGACGAACUAGUGAAGGACGUAGAUGGAAAGGAUUCUUUUUUAUUACAUGGCCAGAGCUCGGAAGGGCGUGCCGGCUCUGGCCAGAGGAGAAGACGGGCGGAACAUUUCGGUUCGAGCGUCGUACAUGUCACCGGGCCGGGUAGGGAGCCGGUGUACAUAGAGAGGGUCGUCCCGCCGGACGAAACGCCCAAGGAAGUCAAAAAGCCAGUCGUGAAGUCACCGGUGCCGACCUCCAAGAUCAUCGUCGAGGAGGUCAACGAGGUGCCGCAGGUUAAGGUCGAGAGAAAGAGGAAGGAGGACACGGAGGAGGUCCAGAUCGCGCACGGGGUCCAACUGAAAACGGUGCAGACGAAGCACUCCCCGCUAAAGAAGCACAUCAUAACGUCAGCGCAUCGACGCGGUGACGUCACACUCGUCACGUCCGAGGCGUCGCAGCCGCAAAUAGUCACGGUCGCCGUCUCCGACAGUUUGAAGGUUCGUCUGCAAAACCAAGGAGCAACAAGCGCAUGUUCCAGCGCAGGAACAGUCGUCGGUUUAUUACAGAACGGACCCUUCACCGCUGUCGCUUUACCUAUGCAUAAUGCUCAGCAUAGGGAAAUCGGCUCAGCGACCGUGGCGAGCGUGGCAAACGUUGUGACAGCGGGCAGCGCUGGUAAAGUGGCCAGCGUGGCCAAUGUGGCCAGCGUGGCCAGUGUAGCCAGCGUGGCCAGCGCCGCCCGUCGCGUGUCCGCGCCGCUCGUGCAGCUGGCGCCCGCCGCGCUGGGACACAAGCCGCUGCAGCUUCACCACCACUCCUCCAUGGUGGUCGCGCCGCAGAUGCACCACGUUACCCCCAGCAAGCUCAAAGUGCUCCAUGCACAUCCGCUCUCGCACUCGCAGCGGGCGCAGCUGCUGGCCCAGAACCGCUCGCUGGCGCAGCUGCCGGCGGUGGUGUCGCUGGCCACCCUAGGCGACGCGAAGCCCCCCGCGGCGGCUCUCCUAAAAGCCGCGCAGGGUUCCGUGGCUCAAUUCUUCGAAAUCAAAAGCGGGCAAUUGGGUAAAGGCCCUCAUUUAGUGAAUGUUCUUCGUCAGCCGCCGCCGGUCAAGGCGUCGGUGGCGAGGCUGGACUUCAACGAUGCGAAGAAGCGGCAGGUCGUGUUCGAUGGCACGCUGAAAGGGAACGUUGCGACGGCGACCAGACCGCACCGGGUCAGCGUCAGUCUCGACGGACGGCAGAUAGUUCGCGCCGCGUUGCCUGCCGUGCGAGCCCCUCACGUGCGACAUCAGAUUCAAUUGAAAAAUCGGACGUUACAAGUGACGGCGCCAUUGGCUAGAACGUCGUCGGAACCCUCGACGAGUAUAACGAUAGCGCCGACGAAAACGGCGUCUAUUCCGAGCUCCGUAGUGGCGAAUUUGCUGCAGAAGAACGUUCAGUUGCCUAAAGGACAGAAGAUUGCUAUAUCGGGACCCGGCGGGCAGGCGCUGUCGGCGAACGUGCAAGCUAUUGCCUUCACGACUGCACAGUUGAAAGCGAGGCAAGGGAGGUUAAUAGCCCAGCCGAGACCGACACCCGUCGCCGAGAUCGUGGAGGCGUCGACGGCGCCCGCGUCGGCGCCCGCGGCCGCGCUGGCGGCCGACGACGGCGACGACGGGCCCACCAACGGCGUGCGGCGCCGGCCGGCCGACACGCUGCCCAUGGAGGUCACGUGACAACCGGGCCCGUCCACCUGCGGUCCCAAGUGUGCGAGUGUGCAGUGCGGCGAGAGUGCUAGUGGUAGUGGUCCCGACAUCAACCUCACGCUGACGUUACGAGACGCCGACGGUGCCGAGCGGCCGGUCGACGACGUUUCACCCACCGACUUGCAACCCAAUAUGUAUUUAGUACCGACUAAUGUUGACGCCUCCUCGUUACCCGUUCUGGUGUUCUAGCGAAAACUGUAACUACAGACACAAGCCAUCGAUUCGAUUGAAUCGUAGAAACUUUAUUGUGCUCUGUAUUGGACAUAGUGGUGUGGAUUGUUUAAAUUAUAAAUUUCUGAUUGUUAUAAACAAAUAUAAACAGAUUGGAAUCAUUUCGUCUUUUUAUAUAUUACAAGUGGAUUUUGAGUGUAGUAAUCAUUAUAUGAAGACUUAUUAAAUAUAAGCUGUUCUUUUUCUGAUUAAAUAAUAAAUAAAACUGUCAAAUACCUAAACUAUACUUUAAAGUCCUUGUGUUGUACAACACAAACUUCUGAAGAUAUUUGAAAGUGCUUCAAAUUCUAUUAGGAAGCAUUUACAGGAUCAUUGAGUGUCAACGGUACUAAACUACAAAAGAUCACCCAAAUUUGACGAUGACUCUGCCGAGUCAGUAUAAAAAAUCUAUGUGUAAUAUCUUUGUGAAGAUACUUGAUGUAAAUUUGUAAAACUAAACCUAGAAACAGAUCAUUAAAUUUGUUAAUCUAACAGUUAUAAUGUCAAAAAUUCUCUUAUAUAAAGAAUUUGCUUCGGUCCUGUCGUCAGGGUUUUCUUAAAAGCCAAAUAAAGCGGUGAAGACAGACCUUCCUGUCGUGAUAUAAUAAACGUAUAAUAUAAGAAUAGUUUGUUUCUAGAUUUAGUCACUAAUACUUUGGAUAUGUAGUCGACAAAACAUUGCAAGUAAUCAAUUGAUGUUCGUGGAUUCCUUAAAUUCUAUUUUAAACGCUAAUCCCCGAGGAAUAUGGUCCAUUUUAGUGUAAAGCAAGCUUCAUUAAAAAUAAUUUAAGUGGCUGUGACAUAGUUAAUACAUGUAAAAUGUUUUACAUAGCGAAUGCCAGCCCGUUUAAUUUUAGUUGAUUAGAAUAAUGAUAAUAAAAAUAGAUGGUGAACUUUUGUCAAUCACAUUCUCUUGAUCUUCAUGCACAUGUACAUGUUCAACGUGCCAUGUGCAUGUUUUAUAGGUUUAAUUUUAAUAAUUUCAUUUCUGUACUAGUGUAUUAUUAACGGAAAUAAAAGUUUAUUAGUACCUAAUAAAGAAAUAUUUAGACCAGGCUGGCAUUAUGCGCUUAGAACUUUUUUUUAGCAAUCAUUCUUAGUUAUUAUUUUUCACGCGAAUGAAAAAAAAACUAAAAAAAAAAAAAUUUAAUAUACGAUAAAUCCUCGUUCAGUGUAUAUUUAAAAUGUAUGAAUUGUAAUAUAACUGCAUUAAUGUAUUAUAUAGUUUUUAUGUGUAUAAUAUUUACUUAAUUAGACUGGCCGGACCAGUAUGAAUUCAAAUGUACGUUGUAAAACCCUCGAAGGCUUAGGAUUUAAUUUCUUCAAUAUCUGUACGCAGACAAUGUAUGGUUAUAUAGGCUUAAAAAUUAUUGUCACAAGAAAUUAAUAAUUUGUUACCAUUUUAUAUAUAAUCUUAAAAUAUUUUGUAUCGAUAUUUCCGACGCAUUUUUCUGUUCAAUGUUAACUUUAAAUUGUAAAUAGCAAUUAUUAUAUAUAUAUAUAAAAAUUUGAACCAUACAAUUGUCGGCUUUUGUGUCAAAAUCAUUCACUCUUAAACUGUAUCAGACGGAAGAGACUUUUUUAUUGUAUGACCAAAUGGAAGUAACAGCCGUUAACCCGUAGACAUCAAACUAUAUGUACUGUGAACAUAUUUAUUGUAGUUUUUAUAUAGUUGAAAAAUAUAUAUAUAUAUAUAUAUAUAUAUCGCUAUCCUAAAAAUCAGUUUCACGUCAAAUUAUAUUUUUUCAAUUAAAUAAAUAGCCAAAUAAAUAUCGUAAGUAGAAUGCUACGAUACGAAAUGUUGAGAUACGGGCAUAUUGUUGAUAUUACACGAAUAUGUCAUCGUGCAUAGUACUUGUCGGAAAGUACCGACGACUCAAACAAAGGCUCUAUAUGUAUAUAUAAAAAUGUAGUCUAGAUCUCAUAGUUCACAGCAUCGAGAUCGUCUCCCACUUGAUACAUAAAACAUUAACAGUUCUUAA